AAAGGCUGCUCUAAUUUAGUCUGGAACUGCCCUACUUGAGACUUUUUCAUAGUUAUCGAUCUGUACAAAGAAUCACCAAACUGCUAAGGGAACCAAUACUGGCAAAUCAGGCUGCCGAGACAACUGUGUAAUUCGCUCGAAAAAGAAACGGAGAACUUCUCAAGCAUACAGGGUAAAUUUUUGACACGGAUUUUACGACACGGAGAUAUGAGAGUUAAGGAAACUUUUCCAAUUUUUCGCUAGUUUUAAAGGAGUAAGUGUCAAAGGAAAACCAGAUAAAAUAAGGGCACAAUCUAAGAGUGGCAGGAAGACGAGUUUUCAGAGGGUGUUUUUCUUUUUAGGGUGAAGUUGGAAGAACAUUAUUGUUGGAUUAGCAGUGGAUUUUUGAAUGGUAAAGGGAACAAGAGGAUAAUGCAUAUAAAAAUAUGCAAGAAUCACAGGAAACCCACAUAUCCAACCACCUAGAUGAAAUUGUUGCUGCUGUCAGCAUAACGCCUGGAAAGAAGAUCCAAAACAAGCUGCCUCAGACAGCACUAUUCCAGCCUCCUCGAGAGAAACUCUGCCUCUGUGAAGAGAAAGCGAAGUCCUAUUCCAGCAGUCAGGAGUAUAAACAGGCCGUCCACGAGCUUGUGCGCUGCGUGGCACUGACAAGAAUUUGCUAUGGCGACUCCCAUUGGAAACUAGCAGAGGCACAUGUUAAUCUGGCUCAAGGCUACCUCCAGCUGAAAGGGAUGUCACUGCAAGCAAAACAACAUGCAGAAAAAGCCAAAGAAAUCCUCACCAACUCCAUUGUACCUCCCUAUCACGAUGAUACAGACGUUUUCAAGUGUUCAGUUGAACUAUUCCAUACCAUGGGGAGAGCCUUACUCUCCCUUCACAAAUUUAAAGAAGCUUCAGAGAAUUUGACCAAAGCAGAGAGACUUGCAAAGGAGCUGCUGCAAUGUGAAAGGAUUAUAAAGGAAGAAUGGAUAGAAAUUCAAGCACGGAUCAAAUUGUCAUUGGCACAGCUAUAUCAAGGUCAGAAGAAAUCAAAAGAAGCUCUGCCCCACUACCAAGAGGCUUUAGAAUAUAUUGAGACCAGUAAAGGUGAACAAAGUCUUGAGUGUGUACCAAUAUUGAGGGAAUUAGCAGGUGUAGAACAAACCCUGGGAUUUCACAACGCAUCCAUCGACCAUUUUUUACAGGCACAUCUCAUCGUCCUGAGCAGAAACCCCUCUCAAGAGGAGGCAGCGGUCUCCGGCCACUUUGUCGCCCACGCUGCUGUUGCUUCUGGGAGGCCUGAGCACCAUGCUGUGGCUGAGCAGUAUUUUCAAGAGAGCAUGGCUAAUCUGAAGGAUGCUGAAGGGGUGGGAAAAGCCAAAUUUCUUUCAAUUCAAGAUGAAUAUUGCCAUUUUCUACAAGUCACUGGACAACAAGAGAGAGCAACCUCAAUCCUGAGAGAAUCCCUGCAAGCCAAAGUGGGAGUGUUUGGCGAUCUCAGUCCUGAGGUGGCAGAGACAUACCGGCUCCUGGGUGGGGCCGACCUGGCGCAGGGGAACCACAGUGGGGCCCACAGGAAACUGAAGAAGUGUCUUCAGAUUCAGACUCUCUUAUAUGGACCGCAGGACAAGAGGACUCUGGCCACCCAGAAGACCCUGGACGUCCUGUCCAAGGCCCCUGAGAUGGCUGUGAAGCCUAGGCCGGCCCCCAGAGCCAAACCGGCAUUCUGCACUGGCGUGCCCCCGCACACAGUGCUGGGGAAGGCUAGGUCCAACGCGGCGGACUGAGAACCCCCCACCCCACCCCCAAAGAAGGCUUUGGUCAUGCCUGGCUGCUGACAUUUAGGGUGCUGUGUAAAUCUCUGUCUACGAGAUGGAACUCAACAGUCAUUGUACAGAUUUUCAAGACCAACUGUUUGCUCCCACAUGCAACAGUGACACCAUUCACCUCCCAUGGGCCACAUUUUGACAGUGGAUGCCCUUCAGGGUGAUCUGGUGCUUCUACAAAGCAUUUUACUUUUUAUUACCUAAGUGGUUUUUGUUCCCAACAAAAAUCUUUACCCAUCAGCAUUUUUUUUUACUGUGGCUGAAAGACUUCUCUUCAGAAGUUCAAAACUCCCUGUGCAGGAAAGCAGACUCAACAUCUGACUGUACAAAUAUAGCCCCUCGCACAGGUCUGGAGUCAGAUUUGGAGCAAUAAAAUUCUGGAAAAAGCCCUUUCUUAUAGGAAGCUAUUAGGGAUUGAGAAUAACAUGCUAAUAAAAGGAAACUUGGAAGUGCUGGGGUCGGUAUGCGUUUUUAAAAUGAAGCCUGCCUGAGUUCCUUGGAGCCUGGACAGGGGCACGGGGCAGCUUCUCUUCACUUGUGUACUGUCACUCAUCCAAUUUGGUUGAGCACCCACUAUGUACCAGGCAUGUGCUAAGAACUGGGGACACAACAAUAAACCAGACAUACUGUCCCCUUCCUCUCAGAGCCUGCCAUCCAACAUGGCGCUAGUUAUUAAACAUAUAAUGGAUUAAUUCGUUGAAGACAACAGAGGCAAAGAGCCCAGGACAAUGGGGCAGGUGAUAAAUGGACCUGACUUGGCCUAGAGGUCAGGGGAGGCAGGUGUAAGGGAGUGAAG